AUGAAAAUCAGCAUCCUCGGAACGAACACGGCCAAAAGAAGCUCGCUGGUUGACCCUGCCGAAGACGGGAGCGCGUCGCCGGAGACUAGCACUCCUAUGGGCGGCGUGGCACCGUCGGCGUCGCGGCCCGCCCUCCCCGGCGCGUACGACAGCACAGCGCUGGCCGACAUCGUCGAGAACCCCGAAGAAUACCUCGCGCAGCUGCAAAACGAGUGGCUGCGAAAACACCACGAUGCCAUACACCAGACGCAGACAGCAUCGGUCGGCGAUGGGGACGACGAGGUCGACUGGCGCCAAUACAGCCCACCACCUGGACUCGCCGACGCCUCCAAAGUCUUCUCGGAGCCGCUGACCGAAAUAAUCCCACAGUCCAUCACCAAUGUACAGGAACGGGUCGCGCAGCAGUUGCGCCGGGAAGAGGAGGACGAGGCCGCGCGCAAGGUCGUGGAAGAGGCCGAGGCGCUCGAGGCCGCCAAGAACAAGGAACCGUAUCUUCCCAUUAACAUGGACGGACCGAAGAAGGAAAAGGAAAUCGAUACUUCCCCAGCCGAGCUCAGACCGGACUGCGAUACAGCGUCGCUCUAUUCACGACGUAGCUUCAUCCAGGGGCAGGUAGACAAGCGCCGCAAGUUUGGCUUCCGGAAGCUCUUUCAGCGGAGCUAUGAAAAGGGAGAAAGUGCCGCGGCUGGCGAGGCCCGUGAGGCGAUUCUGCAAGAUCUUGAAAAUCGCCUCAGCAAAGCCAAUGUCGAGUCCACUGCGCCAGAGACGCAGGAGACGCUCCAGAAGCUACGGCGAAACAAAACUGUUCGCGUCCCGGAAACGCAGGAAUUAGUUGAAUGCGUUUCUUGUCUCGACGAUUUCGCCAAAAUGGACGUGGUCAAAGUCGUAUGCCAUAGCUACUGCAACGAAUGCUUCGUCCGUCUCAUCACGGCCGCCUGCGCCAACGAGCAGCAAUGGCCGCCCAAGUGCUGUCUGAACCAAAUUCCGUUCCGCACAGUCCUGCACCACAUCCCCACCGACUUGAAAAGGACGUUUGAAGAACGGCGAUCCGAAUGGGAGGUGCCCAUCGCCGAGCGCGUGUACUGCCACGUCCCCGAAUGCUCGGCCCUGAUACCGCCCAAGAAUAUCAACCUCGCCAAGCGCGUCGCCCGCUGCGCCCAAAACCACUCGACGUGCACCAUCUGCCGGCGGCCGGCGCACGGCAAAAACGAGUGCCCGGAGGACCAGGAGAUGAACAUGACCAACAUGCUCGCCGAGGAGGAAGGCUGGAAGCGCUGCUCGCAGUGCCGCGCGCUGGUCGAGCACCGCGAGGCGUGUCAGCAUAUGACGUGCCGCUGCGGCUACCAGUUCUGCUACGUCUGCUGCCGCCGCUGGUGCACCUGCUCCUGCACCAUGGCACAGCUCACCGAGCUCAAGGUGGCGGCGGACGUGCGGCGCCAGGAGCGGCGCCGGCGCGAGGCGCAAGAGUCGGAGGAGCUGCGCCAGAUCCUCGCCCAGAUCGAGGAGCUUGAGCGCCGCGAGGCCGAGAUCCAGGAGCAGCACCGCAUCGCGAUGCAAAAGGAGCGCGCGCGCGGCGAGAUCCUGCGCCGGCAGACGGUCGAGGUAAAGUUCCAGCAGCUCGCGCGCAUGAUGGACACACUGCACGAGACGCAGGUGGACAUCGUGGAGCGGCAGCAGGAGGCCGACGGCACGGACCUGGCCACCGACGCCGCGAACAAGGAAGCGGCGCUGGCACGGGAACAGGAGGCGGAGCUGGCGGGGAUCGAGGAAAAGAUCGCCACGCGCACCGCCGACGCGGAAGCUCGCCGCGACGCGGACCUCGCCGUACGCGCGGCCAAGGAGCGCGCGGCGGAGAGCGACUACGAGGCGCGGCUGGAAGCGUACUGGGCCGAACGCGACGCGGCGGCGGCGGCGGACGAGGUCGAGUCGGCCAUGCUGUUGCUGCGACAGCGCAUGGACCGCGACUACCAGCGCUGGGAGGCGUGGCAGGCCGAGGAGCUCGACGCGUACCGCACCAAGCUGCAGGACGAGCGGACGAUUCGCGAGGAGCUCAUGUACAGCGCCCGGCACCGCCUGCAGGGCCGCCACGAGGACAUGCAGGCCGAGCUGGCCCGCCGCAUCGUCGCCGAGCACCGCUGGAUGCGCGAGGUGUUUGUCGAGCGGGGCGUGCUGCUCGCGGCGGCCGAGGCGGCCGAGAUGGUGGGCGAUGCGGAUAGCCUCUUUGGCAUUGAUCUGGAUGCGCCACGGCCAGAAACGCCCAAUGGUGUAGGGUUGGCUGUUUGA